CAUUAAAGGACACAAACUGCACUGUAAAAUGUGAAGAAUGAAUUGGUUAAAUCUCCUCCCAUAUGAUCUUUGGAAGCUGCCUGCCUCGAGUACAGUGCCUUGUGUGUGCAGGUGUAUACUCUGUUCCUGUUCGGACUGACGCCUGUGCUGCGUAUUCCAGGGCCUGGAUUUUUCACAGGAGUCUCCAAUCAUAUCUGUCUGAGGGAUUACAGCAACGACAUACACUGUAGACUGUGAUUUCUCAUGCAGUGCUAGCAGACUGCACUGGAUCAUCUUGCGGAAAUGCUGUGGGUGUGGAUGACACUGUGCCUCAUGUGGCAAGGAACAAGCAGCUUCAUGAUCCACAACAAAGUGGAAAGCCUGUGCCUUGAGGACUCCUUCGGAGAUGCUGGAGUUCAGUUAAAGAGAUGCAGUGUGGACUCGGAGCUCCAGCAAUGGAUCUGGAUAGAGCAGACGUUCCUCAUGAAUGUACACACACAACGGUGCCUGUCUGCCUUCCACAGUGACCCAGUCCAGACUCUCGACUGUGAUGGUGAAGAUGAACUGCAGUGGCAGUGUAUGAACAACAGGCUCAUCAGCAUGAGUAACAACCUGGAGCUAGGUGUGCACAGGGGAAGCCUGGCUCUGACCACCACGGGGAAAAGCACCAGGUGGAGGUCUCUAGAUCAAGGAGACAUCUGUCAGGAGGAGAAGCUGAGAUCCAGAAGACAGAGUGAAACAGAUGAGUUUCCAGCCACUGAGAACAUCAUGACAGAGGAACAGAGAGAGUAUCUCAGGUGGUACUACCGCACUGAAGAUGCGACGCCCUGGAAAUUUGCCAUGUUGGGCUUGUCUCUUGUGGCUCUGCUUUUGGGGUGUGUUUUCUGCGUCAUUGGACUGAUGGGUAACAAACAUCGGCGAGAAAUAGCCAAGUACAAGGCCACCACUGCUGCAUCUCCUGCCACAGUGAAAGUGGAAAUGGAGGAGCUUCAAGUCAUCACUGAGGUCAAGGGGGACAAAGACUACUACACUGGCCAAACACAAGAUGGACAACUAGAGAGCAAAGAACCACUGGAGGGAGCUAGUGAGACCGAGGCGCUGAAGCCUGGUGACAUUAUGGUCAUUUGGAAGGACGGAAAUGUCUCCAAACUCUACUCUGAUUCUCAAGAGGGGGGCGAGGAGGAUAUUUGAUGUGGAACUGAGAGACAAAGCAAAUCUCAAAACAAAUUCCCAUUUUUUUACCUUGAAUUGUUAGAAAAAUUAAAACGUAAAAGUUUAAAAGGCUGGUUAAGAGAACUGCACAGUUUAGGACUUUCUCUGCUCUAACAUAAUAAACCAAUCCCAAACCCCCAAUUGCAUUUGGUUAAUGUUGCUUUGUAGAUUAAGCCUUUAAAAACAUGGAUGGAGUUGUUGAGUUAAGCCAAAGACAGACAAUGAGACCAAGACAGAGAGUCCCUAUUGUUCUCUACUCAAAUCUGAUUGGGCAGAAGGUGUUGUUUAAUUUUUUAUAAAAGCAGUUUUCUUAGGUUCGUAUUAAUGCACUCAUUUUAAUACGUUAUCGUUUCUAUAGUUUUCCAGCUUAUUCACAGGAACUUGUAUGGUGGACGCUUCACACAAUCUAAGACUAAUAAUAAACAGAUUAAAAUGCAUUUUCUUAUUUAACAAAGAAAAAAACAUACAAUAGUUCUCUCAAACCUCUCUAUAACGAGACAUUCAUGGAAGGAGUCUCCAGUGUCAGCACUUUGAAGCAGUCAUUAAUUUUUCCACCAUGGCAAAGUCUUUUUUUUUUUUUUGGAUUUUUUUUCCAUCUACCUUGUUAACAUGACAAGCUGUGUUUGUUGUUUGUUUGCUUGUUUUUUUUACUUGUGUCAUGGAGUUCACCUCAGUGUUCACCAGUUACUUGUGUCAUGGACAUUAUACAUCACUAUAAAUGGAUAAAAAGUAUGUGUUGUUCAUUUAUAAAUUAAAAAUUGUAAUAAUUGGCAAAUUUCUGUGGUAUAAGAGG